UUAAAAAACUAUGUCCGCACUAGAAGUCACCCUGAAGGAUCUAUAGCUGAGGGGUAUCUCGCGGAAGAAUGCAUGGCAUUCUGUUCAAUGUAUUUAAGCGAUGUCGAGUCAAAGCUCAAUAGACCAAAUAGAAACAAAGAAGGCGGUGGGAUUAGCCCAAACCAAGAUGGUCGUUCUUUGGGAAAAGAAGAAAUAUUUAUGUUGGACGACAUUGAAUGGAUUCAAGCACAUAGAUAUGUGCUCAAUAGUCUAUCAAUUAUUGAUAAUUUUAAAAGGGAACAUUUGCGUGAGAUACAACGUGAACGUAAAAAUAGGCGCAUGUCAAGUUAUGAUAGAUAAAAGCUUCAUACUGAAACCUUUCCUGAUUGGUUUAAAAGUCAAGUGAAUGAAAUGAUAAAAGCAAAUAGAGAAAUUGUUGACCAGGAUAUUCCAUUUUUAGCUGCUGGGCCAAGUAAAUGGGCUCGUUGUUACACGGGGUAUAUUGUAAAUGGACUACGUUUUCAUACUAAGAAACGUGAGAUGCGAAGAAAAACCGAAAAUAGUGGAAUUUUCUUGACUGCUACUACCAAUAGUUUCUCGAGUAGUAAGGAUAAGAAUCCUAUAGCAGGAGACGUGUCAUUCUAUGGUGUUUUGAAGGAUAUAAUAGAAGUAAGAUACACCAAUAACUUGAAAUUUAUAUUGUUCAAGUGUGAUUGGGUUGACUAUAAUUUAGGGUUGAAACGUGAUGAGUUUAAUUUCACUUUGGUCAACUUUGCUCACAUACUAUAUAGAGGAAAUAGGAAAAUAGAUGAGCCAUUUAUUUUGGCACCUCAAGCUCAACAAGCAUGGUAUAUUCAAGAUCCUAUUGAUCCAGAUUGGCAUGUAGCUUUGAAGAUGACUCCUCGAGCUGUAUUCAAUGUUGAUCCAGAGGUUAAUGAAUUUGAAAGCAUUGAGGAUGAGCAGGUUUCUUGUCCACAAAAUGAUCCAGAUAUUAACAAUGAAAAUAUAUCAUGGACUGGAGCAGAUAUUGAUGGUGUCAUAGUUGUUGAUGAUAUUGGUGAAGAUAAUGUUGAUAAUUUUGAUGAUGAAGAUGAUGAAGCUGAAUACUUCUCUCGUGAUAAAUCUGAUUCCGAUGAUGAUGAUGACUUUUUUGAACAUGAGAUACCAUCAGAUGAGAAUGAAACAAAUUAG